AGCGCCUUUCCCUGGGGCUGUGACCGACUGCUGGGGUCCUGUGGCACGGCUGAAUUCUGGUGGGCACCAGCAUCCCAUGUGUGCUGCAGGAGGCUCACAGCUCCUCCAUCUCCACCCCCUUCUCUUCCAGCUGAGCAUCGCUGUGUGCCUGGGCUUUCUGGCUGCCUGGACCCCUUACGCCAUCGUUGCCCUGUGGGCAGUCCUGGGCGAUGCCAGCCAGAUGCCAGCCCUGGCCUUUGUGCUGUCAGCUCUCUUUGCCAAGUCCUCAACGCUCUACAACCCCCUGGUGUACCUGCUCUUCAAGCCCAACUUCCAGCAGUUCCUCUCCAAGGACGUGGUGCUCCUCCAGGCCAUCCGCACCCUCCUGUGCUGCGGCUGCCCGAGCGCCACGCUCCAGCCCUUCCCGUCCCCGGGCCCCUGGGACCCCCCUGGGCCUUGCAGGAACUGCAGUGAUGCUUUUGAGUGUUUCAGUAAGUACCCCAAGUGCUACGCCCUGCCCCGGGCGCCCGGCAGCUCACCCCGCCGUGCUCCCCUGGCUCUCCUGGCCGAUGGAGCCGCUGGCCAGCCGGGGCUGAAGGGGACGGUGCAGGUGAUGGUGCUGGUCACACGGAAGAGGUCAGGCCUGGGCACUGCCAGUGUGAUGGGGGAAGCUCUGCCACCGGGCAUCACAAAAGACCUCCUCUGAGCCCAGCUGUGCCCACUGCGUCCUGCCAGCACGCUGGAAGGCGAACCAAACACAACAUUUCUCUCACCUCCAUAUCUGAUGGGUCCCCAGCUUGUUCUGCACGUGAAGUGACAAGAAGACUGAAGACCAGCCUUGCUUCCCGUUUUGGUUUGGCUCUUGCAACUCUGAGCCAUCUUUGCACUUGGGGAAAAAAAAUAUAGAUCCUCAGUGCCUAAAAUCUGCCCAGAGUGCAAGUCCAGGGCACAGUUUCUCCUGCAGAUUUGCUCUUUGGGCCCUUGGCCUUUGU